GGGCGGCCGGUGCGCGGCGGCAGUCGGCAGUGACCGGGCCGCGGGGGAGGUCCUUUGCGUCGCGCUCCGCUGCGCUGUGACCGGAUUCUGCACCGCGACGCGCCCAGUGAGGAGCAGAGACAGUGCUUGAAGGCUGGGAGAAGCUCCGGAGAUGGGGCUGGGAACGCUGACCCUGCUGCUGGCCGCCCUGGCCGCGGCGUCUGGAGCUCUGUCCGAUACAGGGUCGUCCCGGCCACGGCUGGACCUGGUGUCACCCUCGGACGGCUACCACGGCCUGGUGCGGGAGGACCAGCGCCUGGUGGACGUAUCGCCGCCCAUCCGAGCCGUAGGCGCUGCCGUCUGCGGCUUCCGCAUCGUCAACAAACACCACGGCGAUGUACCCUUCGAGGUGGUGUCCACCGAUGCGAGCACCGGCGAGGCGGUGAUUCAGGCCCGCCGGCCUCUCAGCUGUGAGAAGAGGAAGAGCUACCGGUUCGAGAUCGCUGCCGUCGGCUGUGACCCCGGCCCGCAGGUCUCCGACAAUGUCACCGUGCACAUCGAGGUGGAGGAUGUGAACGAGUUCGCGCCGCGUUUCACCGAGCGCUCGUACAUCCUGGACGUGGACGAGGGUCGGCUGUACGACGAGAUCGUCCAGGUCGCCGCGGAGGAUGACGACUGCUCUCCAAAGUACGGCGACAUCUGCCGCUACGAGAUCCUCAGCAGCGACCAGCCGUUCGUCAUCAACAGCCAGGGCACCAUUCGGAACACCGAGCCGCUCUCUUAUGAGAAGUCUCAUAACCACAUUCUGUUCAUCGUGGCCUACGACUGCGGAAUGAAGAUGUCGGACAAGGUCACCGUCACCAUCAAGGUCAACCGCGUCUGCCACCUCGGGUGGAAAGAUCUGCCCGAACACGUGGAGUACGCGCCCAACUCUGGCGCCGUGGCGCUGUUCCCGGACGCCACGCUGGACAUGUGCGAGGUCCCCUGCGCCGUCGACCGCGUCCAGAGCAAGAUCUCGCUGCAGACGUCUCACAUCGGCAAGGGCUGCGACCGGGACACGUUCUCUGUGGAGAACCAGCGCCGACUGUGCGGCGCCGACGCCCGCGCGGUGGACCUGCUGCCGUCGCCGACAGCGGAGAGCCAGUGGACGCGGCCGCUGCCCCGGGAUCACGGCCACGAGUCCGACGAGGUGUUCCAGUUUGACGGCACGAGCACGGCGGUGGUGGUGCCGCCGUCGGUGAUGGAGCCCCAGCUGGGCAACACGUUCACCAUCUCGGUCUGGCUGCGGCACGCCGACCACCCCGGCCAGGACAAGCACGUCAAGGAGCACGUCCUCUGCAACGCCGACGAUCACAGGAUGAACCGCCACCACUAUGCGCUGUUCAUCCGCAACUGCCACCUGAUCAUGCUGCUGCGACGGGAGUACGACGAGGCCAACCUCAACACAUUCUCACCGGCCGAGUGGCGCUGGCAGAUCCCGCAGGUGUGUGACGACGAGUGGCACCACUACUCGCUGAGUAUGCAGUACCCGGACCUCACCCUGACCGUCGACGGACGGCCCGUGUCCGUCGAGCCUCAGAUGCACGAGGUCAUCGACGACUGGCCCCUGCACUCGGCGCCCGACCUGUCCACCCGGCUGGCUGUGGGUGGCUGCUGGCAGGGCUCCGAGUCGCGGAUGAAGCACAUCUUUAACGGCUACAUGGCGGGUCUGUCGGUACUGCGCGGCGCCACCGAGAAGGCUGAGGUGCUCUCCUGUCUGCACAGUUGCAGCGAGUCCCUACAGGCGCCCGACGUGCAGUUCCUGCUGCCCGGCAUGGAGCUGCUCGCCAACAACGACAUGACCGAGGUCACUGUGGAAGGCAGUAACCGCACCCACAUCCAGAGCUUGUUCCGCAAGAUCGCCUACGUCAACAGUCGCGAGUUCCCCACGGCCGGCCGGCGCGGCCUCAAGGUCAUCACCAACCUCGUCUGCACCAACGGCAAGAUGGUGAAGAUCCCCGUGGUGGACAGCUACGUCAUCGUCCGUCAGCCUCGCUACCUGCACAUUGCCGUCAACGGCACGGACAACUUCUCUGACGACUACGAGCAGCUCAAGACGGGCGUGUCUGUGUUCCCUGACAUCCGCGUGCUGGCCGGCACCGACCAGCAGGAGAUGAGCGCCGGCAGGAGCGUCGGCCACAAGCUGGACAAGUGCGCCGUCACGGUCUAUCCUCCUCUGAACCCGGAGCACGAGGAGCUGACCCUGAACCAGCGACUGCUGGACAGCUUCCAGCUGCGGGCCAAGCUGAACAAGGACGGUCUGGUGGUGUACGGGCCCGGCCAGCCCGACAGCUACCAGGAGGCGCUGCGUUUCGUGCAGUACACCAACCGCAAACCAGCCUACUACCUGAACCGCGCCUUCAAGCUGCUCUGCUCGAGCAUGAGCCAGCGGUUCAUCAGUAACGAGUACGUGCAGACGCUGACGGUGAUCCACCCGGCGCGACGCACCGAGCCGCCCAAACGGCUGGCCACGGCCGCCCCUCCGGCCGCCCAGGACCAGGAGCCCGCCGCCGCCGCCGCCGCCCCCGCCCAGCCGGAGGUCGAGGAGGCGGUGCCGCCGCCGGCCGCUCAUGUCCAGGACGCCCGUCACCACGUGCAGCUCAAAUCGUGGACCACCGGCCAUCAGAUGCGCUCGGCUGGAGCCAGCCACGCGGUGACCAUCAUCAUCGUGGUGUGUAUCGGCUUCCUGGUGUCGAUGAUCGUGCUGGGCGUGAUUCGGAUCCGCGCCGCCCACCGGCGACACCAGGACGAGGCAGCUGACGCCGAGAUGGCCUGGGACGACUCGGCGCUCAACAUCACUGUCAACCCCAUGGAGGAGGAUGCCGCCACUGCCGGACAGCCUGCCGCCGUCGACGACGACAGCUCCGACGACGGCAGCGACUACGACAGCUCGGACCCGGACGACGACGAGGAGGAGGUGCCGCCGCCGCGCAAACAGCUCGAGUGGGAUAACAGUCACCUGGCCAUCUGAGCGGCGCCGGCGCCUGUGUGAUAGCCGCCGCCCCCGCCUCCGCCCCCGCCGGCUCUGCGGAGCCGCGCUGCCCGCCUCCGUGAGUCCACCAUCCUUGCUACUAAAGCCUCGUGGCGCUGGAGCGGUGUCAUGUCCUCAGACUUAUCCACUGCUGGUUCUCCUUUCACCUCACAUUAUCUCUCCCUGUAUCCCUCUUGCUGUCUCUCUUGCUGCUCCUGUCGCCACCGCCGCCGCUACUGCUAUCGCGGUUGACGCUGCCUGUAGCAAUGCUUAUAUAGUUGCAGAAGCUGAGUCGCCGGGAAUUGAGUGCCAUACACUGUAGAGUAGAUACACAGCGUGGGGCGCGUCUCGAGGGCCGGUCCCUCGGUCGUCCGCCGCACGUCGGGCUGGCCGGGGCGGUGGGCGGUGCUGAUGGCAGCGGGCGGGGGCGGUGGGCGGGGGCGGUAGAAGGCGCGCUCUAACCCACUUCUAGUCCGCCGGAGGUCUGUGCUGACAGGCCCCCUUCCCGGCCGCAAUAACCACCCUGUCCGGACCACAAUGGACGCUGUGUCCACUCUGGCGCUUCUGUCAAACUGUCUGCUCGAGACAUCUCCUUUCUAUCCUCUGAAUCUCAUUCGUCCUUAGUGCUCCAUUUAUGCUUAUUUCCUUUCAUUUCAUAUCUUCCUUCGCCUUAUAUCACCUUUCACUUGACCAUAUUUUCUGUCAUCCGUCUUGUCCUAUCCACCCUUGCUCUCUUUUAUCCGUUUUACCCCGCUGACGGGCCCGGGAUGGGUUGUCUGCUCUCUUCCUCUCUCCUCUCCCUCCCUUCCCCGGAGAGGUCUGCCGGCCUCCGCCGGCGCCUCCUCCCUGUGUUGGCAGCUGCUCUGUGACUGACGUGUGGUGAUGCGAGUGACGGCGAGUGAGAGCGCCGGCCGCCGCCGUUUCGAGUGCCUCUCGCCUGCCGAUGGCACCCCGGCACCCCUGGCUGCAGCUGGGGCCGACCUGGCACCGCCGGCUCCGGAGCACCUCACACGGCCCGGCCUGGCUCGGCAGAGUGUGAGGCACCGCGCCGCCGCGCUCUGGGACACACGACAGGGGCGGUGGGUAUAUGUGCGGGUGCGUGUGUGUGACGUGGCGUGGACUGUUGGGGGUGGGAAGAGUGACCGGAUAUCGGGCCCGGCGCCCGGCCGGUCCGCUCGUAAUCAGCGUCGGACGACUGGGGUCGUGUUUGUUGUGGCUAGGUUUUAGCUCUGUUGACCUGCGCAGCGCGACAUUCACUCACAUAUCUUUGGGCACGAGCGGUCACCGUCGGCGGCGUGCCGGAACCAGCGGCGGCGCCAGGAACCAUCCGGAACCAGCCGCGACGACCGGAGCCGCGCGGCGGCCGAGAGAGAGGCGCGCGCGCGCGGCCGCUCCGUAACCAUAUCAUGGCGCCGGCGCGAGCCGGAACGUGACGUCACUGUAGCCAUCUCGGUGUUUGUCUGAUUAACAUUCCAUCUCGCAUCGCGCGGUGUGCGACUGACGGGCGCGGCGGCCGAGCCGCCGGACUGACGGGUGACGUCAUCGGCGACCGGAGGUGACGUCAUCGACGCCCCAGAGCGCGCCGCGGUGUGUUCUGUUGUGAAAAAAAUAUCCAGUGUUAUAAUCUCUAUCCGUUAAGAGCUGUCGCACCGAUAGGUUUAGAGCUGUAAACGCCGAGUCUUUUGUAAUGUAGAUCACCAAUACAUUCUGUCACCACCAA